AAAGUGCAUCCAGAGUAGUAAUCUUGUUGCAGGAGUGUCAGAGGACUUGUAUUUGGAGAUUUUACUAUUUUUUGCUAGUAAUUGGCGCUCCAAAUUUGAGUGCACCAAUAUCAAGAAUGUCCGACUUAUAAAAUAUGUGGGCGUGGAUGGGGAUCAGUCUUUGUGCAGCAUAUAUGAAUGCAUGAACUGUUAUACUGUGGUACUGUCACGUGACUAUCGUUACGUGUCAUGGUUGAGUGAUUCAAAUAGGGAAUUCAGAUGUGCUGGUAACCGAUUUUUCAUGCCGACAAGCACACAAGAGGCUCUGUUCUGCUCCUCUAAGAAGGUGGCGAUUUGGGAUUGGCUUCAAGUGCAAGUAAAGGUGGUUGUUAUGAAUGUCUAUGAGUAUGCAAUUAAUCUUAGGAAUUCCCUCAAUAAUUAUCGAAAGCUUGUUGUUGCAUUUGCUCGCUUCUUAUACCACUCUCUGUUGAAAGAGCAUUUGUCAAGAGGGGAAAUUGAUUAUUUAUGUGGUAUUAUGCCACUCAUAGACAACUAUGGGGAUCUAACCACCAAGAGGCAAGGGGUUCUUGUCCCUGCUAAUGGAAGCAAAUGGGUGGAAUUGAUUGUUUCGAAUCCAUGGAGAGCUGUAGACUACAUUGAGUUGGGAGAAGAAUACUUGCUUCCAGGUUAUUUUGCAGGUGAGUUUACCUCAGGAGAGCAGCUCCUAGAGUUCCUUAAAACUCAUGUUGGAGCUUCUGAUAUCCCUGAUAUAUCUCCUCCCGAUGCUGAAAUUCCUGCAGUUGCUGCCCCACUCACCAUUCAAAAUGUAUUCUUGCUUUUGGAUUGGAUUCGAAACUUGAAAUAUAGGGGAAGUAGAAUUCCAAACAGGUUCCUGAAAAGCAUAAAGGAUGGUAACUGGCUGAAAAUUACUACUAUUGGCUGCCCUGGUUACCGGCCACCAUCUCUGUCAUUCAUGCUUACCUCUUCACUGGGAACCAUUUUGCAAAACGGAUCGGUGCUUGUUGAUAUACCGUUGCUUGAUCAAAAUUUUUAUGGCGAUAGAAUAAAUGACUAUAAGGACGAACUAACGAUAAUUGGAGUCAUGUUUGAGUAUGGAGAAGCAUGUGAAUAUAUUGGGAACCAUCUUAUGUCUGUUGCAGAAAACUCCACUUUAACUAGAAGCCAGGUGCUAUCUGUUCUGAAUUUCAUCAGAUUUUUGAGGGAAAACAUUCUUCCUUUGGAUAACUUCAUCAAUAGGAUCAAAGAAAGAAGAUGGCUGAGGACAACCUGCGGUGACAGGUCUCCAGUAGAAUCUGUUUUGUAUGAUCCUGAAUGGAGAAUUGCUUCUCAAAUCAGUGACAUCCCCUUCAUCGAUACAGAUUACUUUGGGGAGGAAAUACUUUCUUUCAAAGAGGAACUCAAGUCCCUGGGUGUGUUGAUUGGUUUCAAUGGAAGUUUCAAGCUCGUUGGAGACAACUUAAAAUCAUCUUCACGCUUGACUGCUUUGACAGCUGAGGCUGUUCUUUUAAUCCUGGAAUGUAUGCAUCAUUUAGGAUCACCUACCAAACUCGUUGAGACACUGAGAGGUGUGAAAUGCUUCAAGACAAAUAUUGGUUAUAAGUCUCCAGGAGAAUGUUUCCUGUUUAACUCUCAAUGGGCUUGCAUGCUACAGGUUUUCAACGGAUUCCCACUGAUUGAUCAUGACUUCCAUGGAAGCAUCAUAUUCAUCUAUAUAAAUCAGUUGAGGCAAAUAGGAGUGAAGGUGGAUUUUGAGGAGGCAGUCAAAGUAUUUGCUCACAGUUUCAGACAGCAAGCAUCUUCCAUGACAAAGGAAAAUGUUUUGUCUUUUUUGUCAUGUUAUAGACAGCUAGAGGGUACUCCACAUAAGUUUCCUCCAGAUCUCAGGAAAUUCCUCCGUGAGGAGAAGUGGUUGCGGACUAGACUUGGUGGUGUAUGCAGAAGUCCGAGCGAUUGCAUUCUAUAUGGGACAAAUUGGAAAUCAAUUGCUUCAAUUACUCUCCUCCCUUUCAUAGAUGAUAGCGAGAACUAUUAUGGCAUGGGCAUUCACGAAUACAAGAAAGAGCUGAAGAAAAUGGGGGUUGUUACUGAAGUCAAAGAUGGUGUGAAGUUUGUUGCUGCUAGUCUUUAUUUUCCUCGGGAUCCCUCUCGCAUCACUCCUGCAAAUGUGCUUGCCUUGCUCGAAUGCAUCUCCAUUUUAUUGAACGAAAACAAUUAUUACUUCCCAGAUACUUUCAUGAAAAGAAUUUCUCAAAAAUGGUUGAAGACACAUGAUGGUUAUAGGCCUCCAGAUGAGUGCUGCUUGUUUGAUUCCAGUUGGGGCUCUUACUUGAAGCAUACAGAUGGACCUUUUGUUGAUCAAGGCUUUUAUGGUUCUAAUAUUACAUCAUAUAAGAAAGAGCUCGAUGCAAUAGGCGUUACAGUCCAUGUAGAUAAGGGUUGCCCUUUGAUUGCCAGCCACCUUGAUUUCCAUCAAGAAUUUUCUACUAUCGUUCGAAUAUAUAACUACUUGAAUGCCUUUACUUGGGCGCCAGACAGUGAAGCUGCGCCAGACAGUGAAGCUGUCAAAAGGAUUUGGAUCCCAAAUGGAAGUGAGAACGGAAAGUGGGUGAGUCCUCAAGAAUGUGUUUUGCAUGACAAGGAUGAUCUCUUCAGUUCGCGGCUGUAUGUUUUGAAGAACUACUAUGAUCAUGAGUUACUUAUCUUUUUCUCCAGGGCUUUCCAUGUUAAAGGCAAUCCUUCAGUUGAUGAUUACUGCAAGCUUUGGAAGGUUUGGAAAAUUUCAGGACAUCGAAUGUCACAAGCUGACUGUUGCAAGUUCUGGGCGUAUGUUUCUAAGCACUGGAAUGAAACGAUCGAGAAAGCUCUUUCUGAAAGAUUGGUGAAAUUACCUGUUGGUAUAGACUCAGAUGGAAUAUUGCUGUCCGACAAGCAUGAUGUUUUCAUUGCCGAUGAUCUUCAGCUGAAGGAUCUUUUUGAACGGUUUUUUCCUCAACCAAUAUUUGUUUGGUACCCUCAGCGAAGCUUGCCUUCGUUACCUCGGACAAAGUUGCUUGAAAUUUACAAGAAGAUCGGGGUUCGCACUAUAUCUGAAUCAGUGCAAAAGGAAGAAGCAUCCUUGGUGGAUGUUACUCAACUCAAUCAGGUGAACCCAAAGGAAGCUUUAAUUAAGAAAGGUCUGAUUAGGCUCAUCUUUUGUUUUCUGGCGGAUCUUGCGUUGAAUAUGGAUGUGGGAAGCCGGCAUGAAGCUAUCCAAGGGCUUCUGAAUGCGACUUUCCUGGAGACAGUAGAACCUAUCACUGUAAACUACAGUUUAUCGUUUUCUUCUGGGAAAAUUGUGCAAGUGACGGAAAGCCGAAUGAUACGUUGGGAUAGAGCAGAUUCAAAGUUUUUCGCACAGAAGUUGGACAGGUCCUCUGGAAAAAAGAACAUCCUCAAGUAUGCUACAUAUUUUGCUGAAUCAAUAUCCGAGGGUUUGAUGUGGAAUAACACCGAUCGAAUUGGUGCCCUCUCAGAGCUUAUCAAGUUGGGAUUUGUGCUGGAAUUUGAGGAGGAAUCAGUCGAGUUUUUAAUGAGGUCCAAGAACUUGCAAAUUUUCGAGGAGGACGAGGAAUUCCUUGCUUCUGCCUUUCCUUCUGACUAGACAAUCUGCCAUGAAUAUGUAUUGUCUACAGGAACUCAAUCUGGUACCCCGUGAGCUUCCAAUUACGAUUUACAAAAGACUUUCCGGUGGGCACAUAGGAGUGCUGGAGAACUAAGGACCUCGGAUGUUCUUCUUCUGACUCGGGGAAGUGGUUGGAUGAAUAGCCCUAUGUAAUGUAUGUACUUGGAUAUAUAAGCACAUAUUAUAUGCUUUUACCAUGUAUAUUCCUCUAUCACUUUUAGUAUGACUACUAUAAGUAAAAGGUUAGUUACUAUCUAUUGAAGGAUGAAUAAAAUGGUUUUUU